AUGGCCGAGCUGCGCGCGAUGAUGCAGGCCGCGAAAGAGCGGCGGACGCAGACCAAAGCGCCUCCCAAAUUUGCGAAGUGGCUCUCGAACGGCGAACUCCAGUGCCUGAUUUGCGGUGCGCACGUCCGGUCCGAAGCACUUUGGCCCGCGCACCUCCAGACCGCGACGCACCAGAAGGCGCUGUUAGAAUGGAAGAAGAAGGCGAUGCUGAAAAACGCGCAAUCUUCCGGUGCAACAGCUGCAGCGGCGCAACAGAAACUACCAGCAGCGGCUGCGACAUCUUCUCCAGGUGCGAGCGAGGACAAGGAAGCUGGCGCAGUAGACGAAGCUGCGACCACUGGUAAACCUAAACGACCAUCACCUUCAGGUCGUGGCGAAACAGCAGCAGCAACAAAACAGGACGCGGCCGGAAGUGUGAAAGACAAAGCACCAGUGAAACCGAAGCAAGCCAGUGCGGGUGCGGGCGGUUAUUCGUCGUCGGAAGAGGAGGAUGCAGAGCAAAAGCCAACCACAAAUGCCAAUGCUGUUUCUACCGAUAAUAAACAGCAACCCCCGCAGAAGGAAGUGCUACACCAGGAUGAUGAGCUCGGCAUCACCAUCUCCGUCGCAAAAAUCACCCCCGCAGGAGCACAACCUCCAGAACCGCAACCUCCGCAGAUCCCGACGAAAGCAGAGGAGAUUAAGCAGCGUGUGGUGGAGCGGUUGCAAAACAAGCGUCCAGAAGACGGUGAUCAUGCCCUCGGAGGAGACGCCGGCUCUUCCUACCAAGACCCGGCGCUGUUGAAGCGACGGAAGGUCGUCGGCCCAAUGUUGAUCGACAAUUUUGACGUGGAUGACAUCACGAUGGAGGAGCUGGAACUGUACCCGGAACUCGCUGGGUUCGCCGCAGGCACCACCCUCACCAGCGUUGACGGCGGGCCUGGGGAUGGGGGUGGAGUGCAACCAGGGACGAGCGCUGGAACAACAGGAAGUAGUAAUUCUUCUUCUAGCACAACAGCUGCUGGUGUUAUCAAGCAGCCCGCUUUAGUACGCACUGUCGUGGAGGAGACCCCCGUGAAUACGAACGUCCCGGCCGGGUUUUUCGACGAUGCCGAGGAGGAGGCGGAAGCCAAGGGGGUAACGAAGCCGUCGAAGCUGCGGGAGAUGGAGUUUGAGAACGACUUGAAACGGCUUGACAUCGAGGCGGACCGCGACCACCGCGAGGGGCAGGAGAAACGAAACCAGAUGGCGGACGAGCGACACCGGCGACAGCAGGAGGAAGAGAAAGACCGGCGGGAGGAAAUGAAUAUCCAGUGCAAAAGUAUCGUACUCGUAGUAAUUGCAUUUAUGCAUUACAAGUUUCUUUUGCAAGGUAAAUCAGCAUUACAAAUUUAAUGUGUAAUGCUAAGUCAAUUUGUAAUGCAAUUCGUACUAGUACGAUACUUUUGCAAUGCAUAAUGAAGGGACAGUUGCAGCGGAUGCGACAGGCACUGAACGAGCGGCAGAAAAAGCGGGAGGAGGAGAAGGAUUUAAAAGAAUCCUCGGACGACGAGAGCUCUUCGGAGGAAUACCACGGCGUGGAUUGGAGGUGUGGGUGAUGAAGAACAGUUUACUUUGAGUUGUACUGCUCUACUACCCAGCGACAAAGACAAUGCGAAUGCUUUAUCUGAUAUGUGCUAAUACUACCCGACCUUGAAUAAUACAGAAAUUCGAAUUGAAAUGUAG